UAUCCUGCACAGGCAGGAGUUUUCUAAAGAGAAGAUAUCUCUUUAAAUAGAGUGUCCUGGUGCUGACUAGUGAGUUUUCCUUCCCUCCUAUAUAAGCCCAGCGAUCCCCUCCUGCUGCAGUCACUUCUCCUCCGGCCACCAUGAGUUUCACGGUAGAGCACCACUUGUUCGGUCCAACCUCGUACCGCAAGGCUCGGCCUGCCUCCGUGUCCUCCAGCGGCUUUCACUCCCAGCGCCGCCGCCUCACCUACAGCCAGCCGUCCUCCGUCGACAGCUUUGAGACCUUCAACGGUGACAUGACGCGGAGGAGCGAGAAGGAGAUACUUCAGGCUCUGAACGACCGGUUCGCCGGCUACAUCGACAAGGUGCGGAACCUGGAGAUGCACAACCACAACUUGGAGGCGGAAGCGGCAGCUCUGCGGCAGAGCCAGGCCGGUCGCGCUUCGGUCGGGGAGCACUACGAGCGAGAGCUGGGCGACCUGAGGGGUCUCCUGCAGCAGCUGACCGGGGAGAAGGCCCGCGCCGCUCUUGAGCACGACCACCUGGAGGAGGACAUCCAGCACCUGCGGGUCAGGCUGGAGGAUGAGGCGCGAAACCGGGAGGAGUUGGAGGCUGCCGCGCGCGCCAUGAAAAAGUAUGCUGAGGAGUGCCGUCUGACGCGGCUGGAGCUGGAAAAGAAGCUCCGUUCGCUGGAAGAGGAGGACGCAUUCCUGAAGAAGAACCACGAGGAAGAAGUGGCGGAGCUCCUCGCGCAGAUACAGGGCUCGCAGGUGAGCUUCGAUAUGCGAGACACGCUCAAGGCGGACGUCACCGGCGCACUGCGAGAGAUCCGCUCGCAGCUGGACAUUCACGCAUCCAAGAGCUCAACGCAUGCUGAGGAAUGGUUCAAAGUGCGUAUGGAGCAUCUGUCUGAUGCUGCCAGGUCAAACCAGGAUGCAAUUCGUGGGACCCAGGAGGAGAUCGCCGAUUACCGCCGUCAGCUCCAGAGCCGUACUAUUGAGCUGGAGACUCUUAGAGGAACCAAGGAGUCACUGGAGAGGCAGUGUAUGGAGUGUGAAGACAGACACCACAAUGACCUCAACUCACUACAGGAGACCAUCAAUCAGCUGGACAAUGAGCUGAAAAACACCAAAUGGGAGAUGGCCACCCAGCUGAGAGACUAUCAGGAGCUGCUGAAUGUGAAGAUGGCUCUAGAUAUCGAGAUUGCUGCUUAUAGGAAAUUACUGGAGGGAGAGGAGAAUCGCUUUGUAUCAGGAGGAAGUCCGUACUCCUACCUGGAAGGCAGAUUCUCUGCCCACUUCAAAGUGAAAGGAGAGGAGAUCUCAGACACUGUCAUCGUGGAGGAACAGACAGAUGAAACCCAGGUGACAGAGGUGACAGAGGAGGCCGAUGAAGAGGAAGAGGAGGGAAAGAAAGAAGAAGAGGCAGGAGAGGAGGAAGAGGAAACCAAAGAGGAAGAGGGAGAGGGUGAGGAAGUAGAAGACAAGGAGGAGGAAGGAGAGGGUGAAGAAGAGAAGGAGGAAGAAAAGGGAGAAGGGGAGAAGGAUGAGGAGGGUGAUGAGAAGGGAGAGGAUGAGGAGGCAGGUGAGGAAGAAGAGAAGUCCAAAUCUCCAGAAAAGGCUGCAUCCCCUGCUUCAAAAUCUCCUCAACCUAAAUCCCCUGCUGUCAAAUCACCAGAAUCUAAAUCUCCACAAAAAUCACCAGAAUCUAAAUCUCCACCAGCCAAAUCCCCAAUGCCCAAAUCACCUGCCAAGUCACCUGCAGUCAAAUCCCCUGCAGGAGAUGAGUCAAAGUCACCUGCCCCAAAGUCACCAGUGUCUAAAUCCCCACAGAGCAAAUCCCCUGAAUCAAAAUCUCCUCCUCCCAUGACCCCUGAACCAAAGUCUCCAGAAAAGGAGAAGGCCAAGCCUGCUGCUGCCAAAGACACCCCUAAAGAGGAGAAAAAAGAGGAGAAGCCUCAGCCAGUCAAGGAGGAAAAGGAGAAAGAGCAACCUGUGAAGGAGGAGAAGAAGCAAGAGUCUAAGGAGAAAGAGCCAGAGAAGGCAGAUAAACCUGAUACAAAGAAAGACACCAAGACAGAUGACACUUCCAAACCUGCUGCACCUAGCAAGCCCGCAGAGGACAAACCUGCCUCCAAAACUAAAGAGAGUGCUCCCCCUGCCAAGGAGGAGAAACCCUCUGCUCCUAAACCAGAGAAGGCCGAGCCUGAGGCAAAGCCUGCCCCUAAACCACAGCCUGAGAAAACAGAGGGCAAGAAGGAGGAGAAGAAGCCAGAGGAGAAGUCCGCACCUAAAGCUGAACCCGAGAAAACAGACAGUAAGAAAGAGGAGAAGAAGCCAGAGGAGAAGUCCGCACCUAAAGCUGAACCCGAGAAAACAGACAGUAAGAAAGAGGAGAAGAAGCCAGAGAAAAAGGAGAGCAGUAAAGAAGAGAGUAAGGAAGUGAGGGAAGAAGGGAAGACAGAAAAAGCAGAGAAAUCUUCUGGCACUGAGUCAAAGGAGAGCAAGGAGGAGAAGGCCAAGAAGUAAGACUGGAUACACUGUGUUUCAGGGCAUGAGGAUAGGAAGAGGAUGAGAUGCCAAAGAACUAUGAGGGAGUAAAGAGCAGGAGAGAGGGGCUGGGUGUGCCCAGCUGUCCAAAGCAAAGCAGGUGAUAGUAUGUAAGCAAUAGUGAUUUCUGUAGCAAAUAAUCCCCUGCUCCUUAAGUAUGGCCAUUACACCCCCCACCCCCCAGCCCCAUGCUUCUGAUGUAUGACUGUAGUGAAUGCAGAAUGCUCUAAACUCUUUAUCUGAAUGUGACAACUGCCCUUAAUAAAUAACAAGUGCAUUUAAACUCAAUCCCGCUGACGGGGGCCGCAGAGGCCUGCUGUACCUACACAAGCCUUCAAGGGUAGUGAUGUCAAAACAAUGUCAAGCUAAAGAUUGUGACAGCUAUUGAAUAUAAAAAUGUAUAUUUAAGCAGAUACAAACAUCUAUUAUAUUUACAAAUAGAUGAGUAAGAAAGAUUUGACUUGAAUUUUGCUUGUUGUGCACCUUAAUGCAGCUUCUCCUGACCGGUGAACUGCAGUGUCUCACUCUUCUGGUCUGCAAUGCUAGGACAACCAUGACUGUGCUAUGUAUAAACUGCUGAGAAUAUGCAAUAUAAAAAAGACAAAUAAAGAACGAAGAAUCAAA